UCUGCCUUUCCUCAGCAGCUUUCACCCUUUCUCGUAAUCUUCUUUCCAGCUCUCUCUCUCUCUCUCUUCUGUCCCUGUCCGACACUGCAGCUGCUUCUCGCUUUCUUCCCACUUUAAUCCUCUUCUCUUUAAGUAUUCACAUUUACCUGCUCCCCCUCCUCUUCUCUGUCCUACCCACCUUCUUAUCUCUCUCAUACAAUUCUUUCCCCUCUCUUCUUAAUCAUUGCAUUCUCCACUGUUCUGUCACAUAUUAUCCAUUCACUUUUUUUGUGUCACACAUUUCUCCCGUCUCUUGCAGUUCCUUCUCAAUCCUCAUAGAGAUUCAUUUUCUCUUUUUUCUUUAUUUUUAUUCUAUCUUCCUGUAAGUUCUGUCAAGUUCUCACCUGUUUUUAUAUUUGAUCGCUUUCUUCUCACUUUUGUCUCUUUCCACCCAUCCUAGUUUUGCUCACCCAUCUGCUUCUAUUUUAUUUCCCCACCCGAGACUUUUCUAUUUUUUUUUAUUUUCUUGUACCACUAUACUUGUGGUGACUUCUUUAAGACUUCUUACCCCCUUCUUUUCUGGAGGGGCCACCUUGCCUCUCCCCCACAACAUUCGGCACCAUAGCUCCCCCCAGCCGCGCAACCCCCCGUCCCUUGGCCCCCUUUGGCCUUGGGAGGAAGACAUUGGUGGCAGUGGCUAUUGGCGUGGUGAUGGUUCUAAUAUUGGUGAUCUUAAUUCCAGUGUUGGUCAAUUCUGUGGGCUCUGAUGGCCACUAUGAAAUGUUGGGAACCUGCAGGAUGGUAUGCGACCCCUACCUCAGCAAAGCAGGGGUAACCACCACUAGCACCAGCAUCAGAGCCGGGACUGGAGCUGAACCAUUGAGUGACAGAGGACAACAAGCUCCAUCAACUUUAGUGCAAGGUCCUCAGGGCAAAGCUGGACGUCCUGGUAAACCAGGUCCACCUGGAGAGCCUGGGCUACCAGGUCCACCAGGUCCACAAGGGCCACCAGGAGAACAAGGAGAACCAGGGAAACCUGGGCCACCAGGCUUGGCAGGAGGAGGUGUGAAUGGUGCCAUAAGUACAGCCACAUACACCACCAUUCCCCGUGUGGCCUUCUACGCUGGCUUGAAGAACCCCCAUGAGGGUUAUGAGGUCCUCAAAUUUGAUGACGUGGUCACAAACCUUGGGAACAACUACGAUGCGGCAAGUGGGCGGUUCAGCUGUACAGUACCGGGCACUUACUUUUUUACCUACCAUGUCCUAAUGAGAGGUGGAGAUGGCACCAGUAUGUGGGCGGACCUCUGCAAAAAUGGCCAGGUCCGUGCCAGUGCCAUUGCUCAAGAUGCAGAUCAGAAUUAUGAUUAUGCCAGUAACAGCGUGAUCCUUCACCUGGAUGCCGGAGAUGAAGUCUACAUAAAGUUGGAUGGUGGAAAAGCUCAUGGAGGCAAUAACAACAAAUACAGUACCUUCUCUGGCUUCAUCAUUUAUUCAGAUUGAGAAACAUGUACUCUGGACUACCCCUAACUACACCUACACUGUCGGGGAGGAAGGAGCCCAAGAGAAAAGCGUGGGUCGGCUGCAUGGAACACUUUAAUCCCCUCCAUUGCACAAGAUGUGCUUGGGAUUGUGCAGCUGCUCCCCCCCAUUGCUUAUACAACACCUCUCUUGUGUACCUGACUACUCCUGUGCCAUCUCCCAUGCUUCACUGUGUAGCUGUUCAAUAAAACCUCACUACUGUACUCCUGGCCUAACUUCACUCAUGCCCCUAGUCCUCAUUUGAGGCCACAUUUCCAUUCAAAGCCCAUUCUUAAAAUGGCUGAUGCAAUUUUAUGAAGUCAUUUUUAAUUUUCCUUACCUGUCAAGCUCCUUUCAACAUCGGUUCAGAAUUGCCUUGGUGUGUCAGAUAUAAUUUCCUAGUCCAUCAUUACGCUAUAGGCAUUAUUUCAAUAAGCAUCAGAAUAGCUCAUGGAUAGAGUAAAAAUGCAGGGUAAUACUUCUGUCAUACAACCAUCUUCAUAGACUUACGAUUUGGUACACCUUCCUUUGCUUUUCCAUUGAUAUAUAUACCUCCAUCUAAUUAGGUGCCAAAAUAUCUCCAGCAAACGUCAUGCCUUUAACACCUUCUGUUCUUGUAUUCAUACUCCAUCUAUUAUUCUAUGUAAAUACUCUUUAAGCCACAUGUAUGCAUUUAAAGUUUUGUGUAUCAUCAACAUACCCUAUGUCUUCAAGUGCCAUAUUCCUUCCAACAAGUAUCAUGCUACCAUCUUCGCUAAGCCUAAUUCAUCUAUUUUUCACUAUACGGUAUUUUGUGCUUGUAGAACCCAACCAAGAGCUCUGGGUACAUUUCUCCAUCAUGAAUCAAGAUCCUGUCUUUGUACUACAUCUAAUAAAUGUAAAACCUUCAUGCUUCUUGGCAGUCAUCAGCCAGAAUAUAUCAGUUUCAAGUUUGCAUAUCUCAGACCUUUUUGUGUUUCUCCUCGAAGACUAUUCUUCUCCAAUUCCAACUCUUAUAUUUCCUUCAAACCCUUACGACUGAAUCCCUGCAACAAACUUAAUAUCACAUUUAUGCUAACCCCAUCACUUACGUUAGUACCCACCUGGCAAACCUAAUUUCCGUAUUCCCACCCUCACAUGAAAAUAUAUUGUCAUCUAAAUAGCUCCCUGGGCCUCUAGUAAGCUUGUAUUAGUCAUGAUGCUGUUACCCCACUGCCAUAUCUCACAAUUAUAUCCAGCUUGUAAAUGUCAACAUCUAACUCAUUUUAAAGUCACUACUCCAAUAUGGCUUCUCCAGUUUCUUUCAUCAGACCUAUAUUUGUUUCUUGUGCCUAUAUGAAUCCAAAUAGCCCCCAGCGUUAUUUCUCCCUUCUACCUCAAUCUGUGCAUUUCUAGAACUCCCAAAUAAAUCUUGUAAUUAUAUACAGAGUGUUAAAGAAAGAGAAUGAGUCACACAAAAGCUUCCCCCACAGACUAAAAAACCUAUAUAUAUUGGGUGUACAGGACAAUCUUUCAGUACGCUCUGUGUUCCCUACCUUAGGCCUGUCGUAUUGUGACUUUUUCCAUUUGAAGAGAGAAUCAAUCAGAUUAAGCAGCAGCAUCCUAAAAGCGUACCUAGAGACUUGCUAAUUAAAAAAGUAACACUUUAAUGCUAAAAUAAUGUUUUUUUCCCAGAAAUUUAUGUCCACGUUUUGCAAACCUCAAUUAAUUUGGAUCUGUAAGGUUUGACAUCUCUGUACUUAAAGAUGCCACCCUGCCGGGCAUUAGAUUGACCUGCACAAAACCAUUCAUUAGCAGAUACAGCCCUCGAGUAAUCUGCAUCAAGGAGCUCACAGUGGCUCUAGACUGCCAGCCAGCCUUGGCAGCUCUGCUCGUUGGUUCUAUCUCCUGACUGGCAUGGUGGUGGCACCUUACUCUGGCCACCGGUCAAUUAUUAUUAUUAUUAUAAGUUUCACAUAUUCGUUGGUCAUGUCAAUGAUGGAUGGAUUGCAUGUUUUAGAUUAUAUCUACAGUACAUGAGGAAUGGAAUAAUACCUAAUCUUACAUUAAGAUAAGACUUAUGUGCCCUGUUUAUUGAGAUCCUACAAGUUAUCCCUGCUUGGUAUUUCAUAGGGGUUUACCUAUGUCAAAAGCUGUGUCCUCUUUUGUCCUGUAAUGUUUCUGUGGGAUAUAUAUAAAAAAACAUUUCUUGUAAAUAUAAAAACCUUCAAGGA